CUGUUUUUCCUGAUCCAGGUUCAUUAUCGUCUCACAGUCACCGAUCAAACUCAGGUUAACCGGCGUGCGAUAUCGCGGAGGCCGGCGGCACGACGCACCCCUCCACCAGCGGCAAGCCGGCGGCGACGCUCCCGCUCGCCGUGAUAUAGCGCCGUCCCAUCCCCAAUCCGAGCGGCACGACCGCGCACACGAAGAAAAACUAACCACGACCCCCCGCCGCCACCAUACUCCCCUCCCUCCUCGCCACCGUCGGCUCCCUCGCCACAGGCACCGUCGCGGCCCUCGCGGCGGCUGCGGCGGGGGCAGCGGCGCACGCGGGAUCCCUGCCCCGCGCCCGCUCGGCCGCGGCGGCGGCCAUGUCGACGGCCCGCGUCUACGCCGACGUCAACGUGCACCGCCCCAGGGAGUACUCCGACUACGAGGCCCUCUCCGUCCAAUGGGGUGAGCAGGAUGACUACGAGGUCGUGCGGAAAGUAGGCAGAGGUAAAUACAGUGAAGUCUUUGAAGGAGUGAAUGUAACAAACGAUGAGCGCUGUGUCAUUAAAAUCCUCAAGCCUGUUAAGAAAAAGAAGAUAAAGAGGGAAAUAAAGAUACUUCAGAAUCUUUUUGGCGGUCCAAAUAUUGUUAAGCUUCUCAAUAUCGUUCGAGAUCAGCAAUCAAAGACUCCAAGUUUGGUGUUUGAAUAUGUAAACAGCACAGAUUUCAAAGUUCUCUAUCCAACAUUUACAGACUAUGACAUCCGGUUCUAUAUCUAUGAACUUCUUAAGGCACUAGAUUACUCCCAUUCCCAAGGAAUUAUGCAUCGUGAUGUCAAGCCUCACAAUGUUAUGAUUGACCAUGAGCUUCGCAAGCUUCGCUUGAUUGAUUGGGGACUUGCUGAGUUUUACUUUCCUGAGAAGGAGUACAAUGUUCGUGUUGCUUCGAGGUAUUUUAAAGGGCCGGAGUUGCUUGUUGACUUCCAAGGGUAUGAUUACUCUUUGGAUAUGUGGAGUCUUGGCUGUAUGUUUGCUGGAAUGAUAUUCCGCAAGGAACCAUUCUUCUAUGGCCAUGACAACCAUGACCAGCUUUUCAAAAUAGCCAAGGUGCUAGGUACAGAUGACCUUAAUGCUUAUUUGAACAAAUACAGAAUUGUGCUUGAUCCUCAGCUCGAGGCUCUGAUUGGGAGGCAUAUCAAGAAACCUUGGUCUAAGUUUGUCACUGCUGAGAAUCGGCAUCUUGUCUCAGAAGAGGCAAUUGAUUUUCUUGAUAAACUUCUUCGCUUUGACCAUCAAGAUAGGCUCACAGCUGAAGAAGCUAUGGCUCAUGCCUACUUUCAGCAGGUGAGGGCAGCAGAAAACAGCAGAGGGAGAACGUAGCCAAAAGAACCAAGCGAAUAGACCGAGCUGCUUCUGAACUGCACUAUGGGCAGAGCAUUGCGGAAUUGGACCCAUCUGUCAUCUGAUUUACUUGAAUCUGAUGGUUGUGACUUUGUCAUACAUCUCGGAUAUGCUGGACCCCUGAGGUUUUUUUUUUUUUUGGAAUUUUAUAAUUUGAAAGGUUAAAACUGCGAGCCUACAAAACAGAUAGGCUAUGCAUUGUCAUGCCUGAGAAGUUUUGAUGCAGUUAAACUGUUCCAUCGAUGGAAUGUCUCAA